GAUUGUAAAGACGAUGAAGAGCCGUCGCCUAAAAAACGUAAAACCGCUUUAGAUUCUGAUCAAAUUGAGAAAUUGGAGCACAGAUUGGGGGGCAUUCUGUGCUGCGCAGUUUGCUUGGACUUGCCUCAAGCUGCCGUUUACCAGGUAUUCAAAACAGUUGAUAGACAGAUAUCUGUCUUGUCAGCUGUUUUAUUUUUUACUAUUUUGUGAAUAUGUUCAAUGGCUUUAUAUCAAUUCAAUUUGUUAGCCAUCAAAUGACCUAUCAAUACACAACAUAUCAUUAAAUGUUUGAAAUCUUAAAAAAAAAGUUGUGACUUAAUUAUUUAUGCGACGUAAUUUAAACUCGAUUAUUACUGUGUAUUUCUAUUAAAUCGACCCAUGAUUGUUUUAAGUAAAUAAAAAAAAUUGUCUUCAACUAUACAGCAAUAUUUCUAGUCAGAGUUUUUGUCACAAAUAAUUCAUGUAAAUUAGUGAAUAAGUUAUAAAUAGAAAUGUUAUGGUUAAGAAGACUGAUAAUUAUUUAAUACUGUAUGGUUCCUAGUACCUAGUCUGUAUGAUCUCAAAAGUAAUAUAGAAUGUACAUCAUUUGUAGUUUUACAUCUGAAUAAAUAGUUGUUUGUGAGAUGUAGUUCUUUCUUUAUUGAGACACCUCAGACAAUCCCCUCUCCUUAUCCAACAUAUAAAGUGGAAGCCAUAUUGUUACAUAACAAUAAUAAUAAUAAAACAAGAAGUCAUUCAUUACUUUCACCAUUCAAUCUAAAUAACAUUAGAUAAUGUCUACAAUGUCACAGUACUAAUUAUUAAUGAUUAAUUUAUCUAUAUUUUAAUUCUGGUAUUCAUAAUGUUUUUGUUAUAUUUCUUUUAACACUUCCAAGUUGUUGGAACUUAUGUUUCCUUGUCAUAAAGUAACUGAUAGUUUGAUUUCAGGAUCCACAAAGCGACAGGUGCUCAGUGUAGUAACGGCCACCUAAUGUGUGCGCCUUGCUUCACUCACUUGCUGGCGGACGCCAGACUCCGCGACGAGACGGCCACGUGUCCCAACUGUCGAGUGGAUAUCUCCAAGAACUCUGUCACGAGGAACCUGGCCGUGGAGAAGGCCGUGUCGGAGCUGCCGUCCGAGUGCAGACACUGCACCAAGGUGUUCCCUCGCCACUCCCUACAGUACCACGAGGAGAAGAUAUGCGAGGAUCGGCCGUACAAGUUUAGACAGCUGGUAGUCGAUUCCGGUCCUCGAUCCCCUCUCGCUGGUUUGGUUCGCAUUGUCAGCUCUGUGUACUUUCUACUCCUCGCCGCUCUCAGAAGACGCUUCUUCGUGUCGGAGCUGACGGCCACCAAGCGACCUAGGAUGACGUCGUGUCGGUACUGCGUGUUGGGAUGCUCGUACCGUGGAGCGGCGAGGGCGGCGGCGGCGCACGAGGCGAUCUGCGCGCACCCGCGCCGCCCCGCCGCUGAGCUGAUGAGCAUGCUGGCGCGAAGACAGAAGGAGCACGAGCACAGUCUGGCGCACUACAGGGACCUCAUGGACCUGCUCUCUUAUGAGAAGAUCACCUUCAACGACCUGCAGCUCCGUCCGUUCCGCACGGAGGAGCUUCACAAGCUGUACUUCGAGACUUCACGGUUCACCGCCUUCGGCUUCCAGUGGGUGGUGAAGGCCUUCGUCAACAAACACCAGCGAGACCCCACACAGAGCACGCAGAGAGAGAUCACCUACCAGCUGGUGAUGAAGAGCAAGCCGUUCGGGCCGAUGUGUGUGAGGUGGGUGUGGACGCGCGGCCCCGGGGGCUCGGCGCCGCUGCUGCCCGAGGCGGCUCAGCACACCUUCACCGACGAGGAGGCUUCCCCCGCUAAAACUCUGCCCCUCGCCGACCCCGAUGACGCCAAUCGCCUGCUCGCCAGCAAAGCCGUGCACUUCCGAUUAAUAAUGUUCUCAUCACCCAAAUAAUGAAGCGAGCGAUAUCGGUUAGGACGAGGGAUUCACACUAACCAAAGACGGGAGACAAUUUUUAUCACAAAUCUUUAUAUUUACAUGAAUAAUUUAAUUUUGUAUAAUUGUGAUGCGGACGAGGACUGGUGGUAAUGUUUAUUUUAAGAUCUUUAGUGAAAUGUAAAUUUGGCUUAAUGUAAUAUCAAUCGCGGUUAACUCACUAUUACUAGAUAGUUAAAUGUAGAAUUAAUUGCAUAAUAAUUUAUGUUACAAAGUUCGGCUCUCAUUGGCUGUAAAGCUGUUUUAUAAAUGGUGGUUUUAAAAUCUGUAAUGUAUUUUGUAUGAUUCCAUUUCUUUUAAUUUUUUUUUAUAUUUACUGUAUUGUAAAAUUAUGUUUAGUUAUUUUUGGGUUACAAAGUGCUAUAAUAAAAUAGUGAACGAUUUAA